AGUGGAAUUUCUAGAAGAAGAACAUAUGGUGUGAAACAGAAGACAGAGACUAUCCUGAAGGAUUUGCAGAAGCAUUUCCAUGGAGCAUGGCUUGCCAGCCUGCGGAAUCUAACACUGUUCUUCAAGAAAUACCUGACCCCUGAGGAGAGAGCAGAUAUGAUCAUGGUGAGCAUGGAGGCCAUGACCAACACCAGCAGGCGUGACAUCUCUGCAGCUUCCAAGAUGUUAAAGAUGAUCCUGAAGUACACAAUUCCAGAGAUCAGGAAGGUGCCGGAAAUCAUCCAGUACAUUUAACACCACAUGAACAGCAUUACAGAAACCACAGCCCAAAAGACCAUUAAGAAGAUCCUGUAUCUGCUGUCCCAGCACUACACUGAUGAAGUUAUCCUGACACUAUUGAAGAUAGAAGAUCAGUCACAAAAGGGGGUUUGCAAACCCUGGGAAAUCCUGGCAUCCUUCCCCAAAAGCUACGAAAUGAUCAUGGACUACCUGCUCCAGAGGCUGACUCCACACCGGAGACCAAAGGACCAGGAGCUCAGCCACAGAACACAGAUCUCACCAUUGAUUGUAUGGAAAGGCCAGCAGAGGGGGGCCGGGGUGGGGAAGGGGACUCCCUGCUGUCCUGUCCUCAGCUGCCUUGGGCUCUUUGGCCUUGACCUUUUAGGUAUCAGUGUUUGGUAGAACAGUCUAAUGGCAGUCUUGGAGUUGGGUUGCAGGGAGGGUUUUCCAGUUAACUUUGCUUUGUCAGGGAGAUAGAAGAACUGGAUUCCCCAGCUCCUCUUUAACUCUCAAAGAUGGUAAGAGACUAAAACAACCACCAUGAUUAGAAGAGUGCUUUAAAAUAAUGACAUUCUAGAAAUUGCCCUUUAUUUUUCUGGCUCACACUAAUUUAGUCUUCACUUGCUCUAGCAGCAUGGGUUUUACUGGGCAAGUCUGUCAUGGUGAUGGGUUGUGGAAAGAGAUUUCCUGGUGACAGGACCUAUGAGUUGAAGAUAUGAUAAUGCCUCACUCUCCUCCUCCCUCCCAGGCCACCAGGGCCAUCCAUGAGCUCCUGCUGGAACCCAGUCGGUGGAUGGAGGUGCAGUCCUUCUUCUUCUCCUUGUUCAUGGCCCUGCUGUUCCAGAUCUCCUUUUUGGUGGUUGAAGGGGGCGCUGAAAUAAGCCAGGAUCAGCAACACAUAGCUGAAUGGAUGGACCCUAUACGGCACCUUUGGUGUUUGCUAGUGAUUAUGCUCCAGGGACCAUCAUCUUAGCACCUUCUCCUGACUUGGUGUCAGCCUGCUGGGCCUGAAUCCCUCUGCACACCCUCCUGCCAGGGCACUUAACAGGUUCCCCAUGCGUCAUUUCAAGAAGCCUCCCUGGACUUAAAAAAUUAUAUUUUAUUAUUUUACUUUUUUAGAGACAGGGUCUUGCUAUUUUGCCCAAGCUGGUCUUGAACUCCUGGCCUCAAGCCAUCCUUUUCUCUCAGCCUCAUGUGUUGCUGGGAUUACUGGUGCAAGUCCAGCUGUCUGGACUUUUUAGAAAAGACUCCUUCUUUAAACGUGGCCUACUAGGCUGAUGCAGAGAUUCUGCACCAAAAUGAGAUCAAUACUGUGGAUAAAACACACAUCUGAGUCCACAGACCUGGAUUGCAUUCUUACCCUUCUGCUGGCUCACUGUGUCACCUUGCAGAUGCCACAUCUCUCUUGGCCUCAGUUGCUUCACUUGUAAAAUAUUAGCCUGGGUCUCUGGGGCUGUCCCACCACCAGCAGUUCAUGAUCCUGAGAAAGCUUUGGGAGUCGGGCAGGUGGCCGGUGAGGGAGAGGAGCGCAGAUGGUGAGUGACUUCGUAUCUGUUUUCGGCCCUUUCUCCAGUUCUACCGUGGAGGCCCUGAAGACCUUGAUUCGAAGUUCUGGGUAUGGGCACUAUGUGUCUUCUAUUCAGAGACAUGGGGGCUGGGGGCUGCUCGUCAAUCCUGAAAGACACUAUGAUGGAGUCACUCUGCUGGCCAGCUGCUUCAGUGCCCAGAUGUGGCAGCCUUAGUGGAUGACUUCACCACCCGCAUUCUGGCAAACUGGUUCAAGAGUGAGGAGCCAGCCACAGUGAAGCCAUUGCUGCAGAUGCUAGAGGUCUUUGCGAAGCAUGAAAACAUGGUGAGGCGGCUCCGAAUCCUCCAGCCCUGUGUGCUGAACUGCUGCUACUCCUCGAACAGCGACAUCAUACUGGAGACUUUGCUGGUGGUGAAGAAUCUCCAGAGCCACCUCACCUGGCAGCACUCCUCCACCUUCACGCUGGUGCCCUUCUUUGAGCAGGUGUCAGAGCAUCUGCGGUUGGCAGCCUUUGAGAUCUAUGGGAGUCUCUUGGCCAAGGUCAAGAAAAGGGGCCUUGUCUUCCCCUUGAAGCACCAGAUCCUCAACUUGCUAGCCCCCCUGGUGCUCCACCUGAGGGAUGUGAAUACUGACGUGGCUCUGGUGAGAGGCCAGGCCUUGGAGCCCAGUCUUCAGUCCCCGUUUUCAUGGGAGAUCUGCCGGUCUGCCCUCUGCCACACAGCUGCCGUGCUGGGCUGGUCAAAGCUGAAAGCAGUAUUUGCAGAGAAAGAUGUGUGGAACAUUCUUGGAGCCCUGCUGGAGCAGGAGACAAACGAAGCCCUCUGGUUUCUGAAGCAGUGUGUGGCUCUCUUCAAGAGCCCACAGGUUCCCAUCCGCUGGGCAGCUGUGUGGUUUGCAGGCCAGAUUAUCCAAACCCUAGACUUGGAAGAGAUCGAUGAAAUUGAGGAGGCAUACACAGCCGUACAGCACAUGCAGAGAGACUCCGACCCCACGGUCAGCUGCCUCACCACGCAGACUUUCCAUAUCCUGGAAGCCAAGAAGAAGCUGCUACUGGCCAAGCCCCCAACCUCCUGCUUCUGCAGGAGGAGGCCCCAAAGGCACUACUUCUGAGCCUGCAUCCUUGAGUCUCAGAUGUAGGCCUGGCCAUUAGACCCUGUGACAAUGAGGCCAGAUUCCUGGGUCCUGCACUAGAAAUGGAGGUGUAUCCCUGCAGAAUCUUUGUGAUAAAAGGAAAAAGUAUGCACCUUUGUGAAAAUAGCUAUUAUGUUGUCUUUCCAGUCAAUUCUUGGCCUUCUGGGGUAGAGCCACUUGUAAGCCGC